CCCAGUGUCUCCCCAGUGUCCCCCCAGUGUCCCCCAGUAUACCCCAGUGUCCCCACAGUGUCCCCCAGUAUCCCCCAGUGUCCCCACAGUGUCCCCCCAGUAUCCCCUGGUGUCCCACAGUAUCCCACAAUGUCCCCACAGUGUCCCCACAGUGUCCCCCAGUGUCCCCCCAGUGUCCUCCAUUAUUUCCCAGUGUCCCUCUAGUAUCCUCCCAGUAUUCCCCAGUGUCCCACGGUAUCCCCUGGUGUCCCUCCAGUAUCGCUACAGUGUUCCACAAUGUCCCCCCAGUAUCCCUGCAAUAUUCCACAGUGUCCCCCAGUGUCCCCCCAGUGUCCCCCAGUAUCCCCCAGUGUCCCCACAGUGUCCCCCAGUAUCCCCUGGUGUCCCACAGUAUCCCACAAUGUCCCCACAGUGUCCCCCCAAUGUCCCCCAGUAUCCCCCAGUGUCCCCACAGUGUCCCCCAGUAUCCCCUGGUGUCCCACAGUAUCCCACAAUGUCCCCACAGUGUCCCCCCAGUGUCCCCCAGUGUACCUCAGUGUCCCCACAGUGUCCCCCAGUAUCUCCUGGUGUCCCGCAGUAUCCCACAAUGUCCCCCCAGUGUCCCCCAGUAUACCUCAGUGUCCCCCCAGUGUCCCCCAGUAUCCCCUGGUGUCCCACAGUAUCCCACAAUGUCCCCACAGUGUCCCCCCAGUGUCCCCCAGUGUCCCCACAGUGUCCCCCAGUAUCCCCUGGUGUCCCCCAGUAUCCCACAAUGUCCCCACAGUGUCACCCAGUGUCCCCCAGUAUCCUCCCAGUAUCCCCCCAGUGCUCCCUGAGUAUCCCCCAGUGCCCCCACAGUGUCCCACAGUAUCCCACAAUGUCCCCACAGUGUCACCCAGUGUCCCCCAGUAUCUCCCCAGUAUCCCCCAGUGUCCCCCAAUGUCCUCCAUUAUUUCCCAGUGUCCCUCUAGUAUCCUCCCAGUAUUCCCCAGUAUCCCACGGUAUCCCCUGGUGUCCCCCCAGUAUCCCCCAGUAUCGCUACAGUGUUCCACAAUGUCCCCCCAGUAUCCCUGCAAUAUUCCACAGUGUCCCCCCAGUGUCCCCCAGUAUACCCCAGUGUCCCCCCAGUGUCCCCCAGUAUACCCCAGUGUCCCCCCAGUGUCCCCCAGUAUACCCCAGUGUCCCCACAGUGUCCCCCAGUAUCCCCUGGUGUCCCACAGUAUCCCACAGUGUCCCCACAGUGUCCCCCCAGUGUCACCCAGUGUCCCCCAGUAUCCUCCCAGUAUCCCCCCAGUGCUCCCUGAGUAUCCCACAGUGUCCCCACAGUGUCCCCACAGUGUCCCCCCAGUGUCCCCACAGUGUCCCCUGGUGUCCCACAGUAUCCCACAAUGUCCCCACAGUGUCCCCCCCAGUGUCCCCCAGUAUACCCCAGUGUCCCCACAGUGUCCCCCAGUAUCCCCUGGUGUCCCGCAGUAUCCCACGAUGUCCCCACAGUGUCACCCAGUGUCACCCAGUGUCCCCCAGUAUCCUCCCAGUAUCCCCCCAGUGCUCCCUGAGUAUCCCCCAGUGUCCCCCAAUGUCCCCCCCAGUGUCCUCCAUUAUUUCCCAGUGUCCCUCUAGUAUCCUCCCAGUAUUCCCCAGUGUCCCAUGGUAUCUCCUGAUGUCCCCCCAGUGUUCCCCAGUGUCCCCACAGUGCCCCCCAGUAUCCUCCAUUGUCCCCCAGUAUCCCCCGGUGUCCCCCCAGUGUCCCUACAGUAUUCCACAG